AAUUUAAUCAGUGGUUUUUAUUAACUGAAAAUUUUAAAUCAGAAAAAUAAAAAAUAUUUUUCAAAAUUUUUAAUAUUUUAAUCUCUCUCUCCAAUCAUUAUUUAUUUGUCUGUGAAAAAACACUCAAGUUUUAUUUAUUUAUUUUAGCUUAAAGCCAAAGAGUGGAAGUUCUUUCAUGUUUCAUUGAUAUGAAGUCAAGAGAUCGUAUACCUCUGGUUACUGAACGGAAAAGUUGUAGCUCAUGUCUAUGUAGCCUUAUUCCAGCUACUGCUCUGCUUUGUAUAGUUUACUUCCUUGGGAGUUCAUAUGUCGCACCAGCAAAUAAAGAGAAAUUGUCUAUGUGGGGAGUGACUGACUUUUUGCAAAGCUCAAACAAGUGCAAGAGCCAAUGCAAGCCCCUUGGAAGUGAGCCAUUACCUGAAGGCAUCAUCACAAAUACAUCUAACUUGCAAAUGAGACCUUUAUGGGGCUUCCCAAAGAAGGAGAAGGUCUCCACUAGCUUAUUUGCAGUUGCUGUUGGAAUAAAGCAAAAAGAUAUCGUCCAUAAAAUGGUCAAAAAGUUUCUAUCUAGUGGUUUUGUUGUAAUGCUUUUCCACUAUGAUGGUAUUGUUGAUGAAUGGAAGGAUUUUGCAUGGAGUGAUCAAGUCAUACAUGUUUCUGCACGCAAUCAAACUAAAUGGUGGUUUGCAAAGCGUUUCUUACACCCUGGUAUUGUUUGGGAAUAUAGCUACAUUUUCCUUUGGGAUGAGGACCUUGGAGUUGAAGAUUUUCACCCGAAAAAAUAUGUGUCAAUUGUUGAGCGCGAAGGGUUAGAAAUAUCACAGCCUGCUCUUGAUACUGCCAAAUCAGAGGUACACCAUCAAAUUACUGCACGUGGAAGGAAAUCAAUAGUGCACAGGAGAACUUUUAAACAUGGUGUUAACAGGACAAGUUGUGAUGGCCAUAGUAAGGCACCUCCAUGCACAGGAAGAGAAUGUUACAGAUGGAUAGAAAUGAUGGCCCCUGUUUUCUCAAGAGCUGCCUGGCGUUGUGUAUGGUACAUGAUUCAGAAUGACUUGAUUCAUGCAUGGGGCUUAGAUAUGCAACUUGGCUAUUGUGCACAGGGUGAUCGAACUAAAAAUAUUGGGGUUGUUGAUGCUGAGUACAUAGUCCACUAUAAUCGCCCUACACUAGGGAGCACAGUUGAAAAGAAUCACUCUACUCUUCAAGGUGGAAACAAGACAUAUUCUCAUCGACGUGGAAAAGAUCCUAGAGUAGAAGUAAGGAGACAGUCAUAUAUCGAGUUGGAUAUCUUCAGAAAACGAUGGGAAAAAGCUGUCAAGAACGAUAAAUGCUGGGCCGAUCCAUAUCAAUAGCAAAUAAAUGAGUGCAUCACCGUGUGAUUCAUCGGCUACAGCUAAAGCCAUGUAAAAUAUAUACAUCAUUGUGCAUUUAAAGAUGUUGCAAAACAGAAGAGACUGAGCUGGUGCUAUGAUCGGUUCUCUCCACUGGCCAUGAGAACCUGAUUUGAUUGGAUAGCAUUUUUCCUCCUAUGGUUGCCAAGUUCAGUUCAUUUGUUUAUAUUCGAUACAGGUCCAGAAUUGUAGUCGCUCCAUUUUUUAGUCGCAAUAAAGAGAUUAUGUAUAUAGAAACUGUUCAGAAAUAAGGUGCCUUUGUUUUGUUUACUGAUUUCAUGUUAUAACGGUUACCAUGUAUCAAUUUAGGAUAUGUUGGUGUAUUUAUAAAAUUGUCUUUUCAUAA